UCUACUGUUAUUGUUCUUGGUAACUCUCGCCUGCCUGCCUUCCUAUCCGUUUCGUUUUGAUUUCUAAAGGUUUUAGGUGGAUAGGUUUGUUGCUGAAACGUUGUCUGCUCUUGACAGUCUUGAUGUAGACGCAUUGAAAUCUCUAUGGGAUCUAUGGAAGUCGAAAGUAUUCUGUUCAUUGUCAGGUGAAAACGCACGUUUAACCAUCGUGUAUGAAACUGAUGUGUAUCGAUUAUACCUGGUAAAGUGUGUGGAGAGUAAACGCAUGGACAAGUGCAACCAGUUCUUUCUCAAAUGCGCAGCUAUUACUCAGAAUAAUCCAGCAUGGACCGAAUGGUUUGCGUUUCCAUACCAUCCAAACCCAGAAGGCUGCCAAGCCUAUCGGAAAUACUAUAGUAGCGAAUGGCGUGAAAUCUUUGUUCUUUCACUUCAUAACUUUGUUCGUAUAGCUGUUCAGUUAGCGCCCAGGUCUCAUCUAGUGCAAUUGGUUGAAUUACUUUCUAAAGAAGUUGAACCGUCAACUUCUGGUGGACGUGCGUGCACAGUACGUAGUUCUUUUUUUUUUUUCUUCAAUUCUGAAAGAUCUGUUGUCAUAAACAGUCGAUUCAGGGCAACUAUGGGGUAA